UCAGUCUUCUUCCAGCCCCUCGUUUUCCCCGGCCGGAGUUGGUGCCUGGACCUGCUGGGACCUUCAUCUCCGGUUGCGAUGUUGCCCUUCUCUUUGCUCUGGGCGACUCGGCCUCUGCGGAGAUGUCGGCUGGUCAGGAUGGCCAUACGGUGCCAGCACAGCGAGGCAGCCCAGACCCAGACUGGAGAAGCAACCAAGGGCUGGUCAGGCCACGAGAGUCUAUCGGACAGUGACCCUGAGAUGUGGGAGCUGCUACGGAGAGAGAAGGACAGGCAGUGUCGUGGCCUGGAGCUCAUUGCUUCAGAGAACUUCUGCAGCCGAGCUGCGCUGGAGGCCCUGGGGUCCUGUCUGAACAACAAGUACUCGGAGGGUUAUCCUGGCAAGAGGUACUAUGGAGGAACAGAGGUAGUGGAUGAAAUCGAGCUGCUGUGUCAGCGCCGGGCCUUGGAGGCCUUUGACCUGAAUCCUGCUCAGUGGGGAGUCAAUGUCCAGCCUUACUCGGGGUCCCCAGCCAACCUGGCUGCCUACACAGCCCUUCUGCAGCCUCAUGACCGAAUCAUGGGGCUGGACCUGCCUGAUGGGGGCCAUCUCACCCAUGGCUACAUGUCUGAUGUUAAGCGGAUCUCAGCUACAUCCAUCUUCUUCGAGUCUAUGCCCUAUAAGCUGAAUCCCAAAACCGGCCUCAUUGACUAUGACCAGCUGGCACUCACUGCUCGGCUCUUCCGACCUCGACUCAUCAUAGCUGGUACCAGUGCCUAUGCUCGCCUCAUCGACUACGCCCGCAUGCGAGAGGUGUGUGAUGAGGUCAAGGCACACCUGCUGGCGGACAUGGCCCACAUCAGUGGCCUGGUGGCUGCCAAGGUGAUCCCCUCACCUUUCGAGCAUGCGGAUGUUGUCACCACCACCACUCACAAGACCCUUCGAGGGGCCAGGUCAGGACUCAUCUUCUACCGGAAGGGGGUGCGGGCUGUGGACCCCAAGACGGGCCGGGAGAUCCCUUACACGUUUGAGGACCGAAUCAACUUUGCUGUGUUCCCGUCCCUGCAGGGGGGCCCCCACAACCAUGCCAUUGCUGCAGUGGCUGUAGCCCUAAAGCAGGCCUGCACCCCCAUGUUCCGGGAGUACUCCCUGCAGGUUCUGAAGAACGCUCGGGCCAUGGCUGAUGCCCUGCUAGAGCGAGGCUACUCGCUGGUGUCUGGUGGCACUGACAACCACCUAGUGCUGGUGGACCUGCGGCCCAAGGGCCUGGAUGGGGCUCGAGCUGAACGGGUGUUGGAACUCGUAUCCAUCACGGCCAACAAGAACACCUGUCCUGGAGAUCGAAGUGCUACCACACCUGGGGGCCUGCGGCUGGGGGCCCCAGCCUUGACUUCUCGACAGUUCCGUGAGGAUGACUUCCGGAAAGUUGUGGGCUUUAUAGAUGAAGGCGUCAACAUCGGCUUGGAGGUGAAGAGCAAGACCGCCAAACUCCAGGAUUUCAAAUCCUUCCUGCUCAAAGACCCAGAAACAAGUCAUCGGCUGGCUGACCUCAGGCAACGGGUGGAGCAGUUUGCCAAGGCCUUCCCCAUGCCUGGUUUUGAUGAGCACUGAAGGCACCUAAGAAAUGAAGCGCACAGACUGACGUUUAUUCCUCUUCCCCCUACCUGGACAAGUUAGGGGUGGGGGUAACUGCCUAUCUUCCAAUUUUUUGCUGGAGGAGGGGAAGGCCGCCCACUUAAGGGAAAAGGCGGGUAUAGUUCCCCUUCCCAGGAUUUGUAGCUGAGGAGGUUUCUUCUUGUAACAAGACUUAGAAGGAAGAGGCUUGGGGCUUUCUGCCCUAACCUCUCUCAUUAUCUCAGUGUUAUAGACUCCCUGCCCUCUCUUGGGGAGGGGGGAGUUGCCCUUGUGAGCCAGAGGAAGGAGUGGGUAGGCACCCUUCUUUCAUCUUUAUCUAAUAAAAUGCUGACCUGCCCUGAGCUUCUGUUACUGUGGGAGGGGUCCCCUGGGCCAGGUGGUGAUUUGUCUCCCUCAGCAUGUCCCUCCCUUCCCUCCCACCACUACCACAAGGACCCCUGGGGCUGCAGUCUCCUCUCCCUCUGAUCAGAGC